AUGCAACUUUUUGUCAAGUCCCUUGCCGGUAACACCCUCGCUUUCGAGGUCACCUCUGCCACCUCUGUUGAAAAUGUUAAGGCUAUGAUUGCCGCUCGUGAAGGUAUUGAUGUUGAAUCUCAAUGUCUUUCCUUCGCCGGUAAGUCUCUUCAAAACUCUGAAGCCCUUGCCCUUUAUGGUAUCCAAGACAACUCUACCCUUCACCUCAACGCUGAACUCCUCGGUGGUGGUAAGAAGAGAAAGAAGAAGACCUACACCACUCCCAAGAAGAUCAAGCACAAGCGUACUAAGGUCAAGUUGGCUAUCCUCAAGUACUACAAGGUUGAUGAAUCUGGUAAGAUCACUCGUCUUCGUCGUGAAUGUCCCAAUGCUACCUGUGGUGCUGGUGUCUUCAUGGCCAAGCACAAGGACCGUCAAUACUGUGGCAAGUGUCACUUGACUUAUGUCUUCCAAAAGGAACAACAAGCUUAA